GAUAAUCACAUACCUGUGUGAAUCCCGUGACAUCAUCGUUGUUAUCUUCCUCAUUUUUUUUUCAAGAAAAUUUUUUUAAAGUGAUUGCGUCAAUUGGACGAAACAGACAAUAAUUAUAUUGUGGAUAAUAAUUACUAUUAAAAAUGUUCAAAAGCUUAAAUGAAGCUCAAAAACCAGUUCCAAUAACAUCAGGGCAUCAUGGAAUAAAUGCGAAACAGCCAAAAAAAACGCCCAUAACCGAAGAGUAUAAAAUUUCCAGUACUGUAUUAGGAUUAGGAAUAAAUGGAAAAGUUGUUCAAUGCAAUAGUUUGAAAACAGGAAUAAAAUAUGCUUUAAAAGUACUUCUUGAUAAUCCAAAAGCCAGACGUGAAGUAGAUUUACAUUGGAGAGCUAGUAGUUGCCUGAAUAUUGUGAAUAUUGUUGAUGUUUUUGAGAAUACUUAUAGUGACAAGCAAUGUUUAUUAGUUGUUAUGGAAUGUAUGGAAGGUGGUGAAUUAUUUCAAAGAAUACAGGAUCGUCAGGAUGGAGCUUUUACGGAAAGAGAAGCUGCUCAAAUAAUGCAUGAAAUAUGCGUUGCAGUUCAUCAUUUACAUAGCAUGAAUAUUGCUCAUCGUGAUUUAAAACCUGAAAAUUUAUUAUAUACUACACCAGAAUCGAACGCAAUAUUAAAAUUAACCGAUUUUGGUUUCGCAAAAGAAACCCAUGUAAAAGAUACAUUACAAACGCCCUGCUAUACACCAUAUUAUGUUGCCCCAGAAGUUCUUGGUCCUGAAAAAUAUGAUAAAAGCUGUGAUAUUUGGUCACUAGGUGUUAUAAUGUAUAUCUUACUAUGUGGUUUUCCACCAUUUUACAGUAAUCACGGUCUAGCAAUAUCGCCAGGAAUGAAAAAACGUAUUAGAACUGGUCAAUACGAUUUCCCUGACCCCGAAUGGAAAAAUGUUAGUCAAGCAGCAAAAGACUUAAUAAAAAAUAUGCUAAGUGUUGAUCCAGCUAAACGUUUAACAAUCGAACAAGUAAUGAAAAAUAAAUGGAUUGCACAAUACACAAUGGUACCACAAACUCCUUUGCAUACGGGCCGUGUCCUUAAAGAAGGCGAAGAAACAUGGCCAGAAGUGCAAGAAGAAAUGACGAGAUCUUUAGCUACAAUGAGAGUCGAUUAUGAAAUGAUGCAUAUCAAGGCGUUAGAUAAUUCUAAUAAUGCUUUACUUAACAAACGAAGAAAACGUGUUGAGGGGAAAGGAGGACAAUAAAAUUUGACAAAAAAAAUAUUUAAAAAAAAAAAAAACGGUUCUAAAUUUUUUAUUUGUGUUUUUCGCUGAUUUUAAUUAUUAUUAUUUGUUUUUGUUUGAAUAUGAUUUAGCAUGCCAGCUAAUUUUAAAAAAAAUUGAUUGAAAUGGUUUAAUCACGAAUUAUUUUUUUGUACUUUUCUGUUCGAUCGAAAAGUAAUUUUAAGGAAAAACAAAAUAACUAAAAAAAAUUACUAGGGUAAAUAUUAACAGUACUCCACAUAUUCCGUGGAAUAUUAAUGUAAAUAUAGGAAAAUUAAUUAGUCAUUAAGCCACUGAACAAGAAUUUAGGUAUACUUACUAUUCUAUAAUAUAAAUUACUUACAAUUAUAUAUAUAUAUACAUAUAUAUUAUAGGUAUAUGUACGCAUGUAUAUGAUAAAAAAAAAUUUUAAUAACAAUAAUUACUAAUACUUUACCUCGCAAAAAUUAAUUUUCUUUGGAGGUUAAGUACUCGUUAAUUUCAUAAUAUAUACUAUUUAUAUAAAUUAAAUUUUUAUAUAAACAAAAAUAAUUUGCUCCAUGGUUUUUAAUUGUAUUUCAUCGUUUUUUUUUAACUGCUGCGUUGAUUACUUAUUUAUUAUAGACAGACAGCUAUAUAUUUAUAAUAUAAUUAUUAUUAUUUGUAAUUAUAUUAAAUAUAAUACAAUGUAAAUUAUACUAAAAAUA